UUUGAGUGCCCCGCCGACUAGGAGACCAAUGAGAGGCUGUUUGGGCUCCAUUUGCCAGUUGCCGGGCUGUUCAUGCUCCGGUUUGAAUAGGGUAUUUUAGAUGCAGCAGAUUCAGCCCCGAAAGGCCUGGAGCCCAAAUCCAGCGAGAUUAAAGCGGAAACGCGGUGUCGAUGCUUCAAUGCUUUUCAGAGUCGAUCAAGCAAGGAAGAUAUGGGUGGGAGGGUAGUGGAUUGGUCGGGUCUUCCAAAGGAACUUUUGGAAGUGAUCGGCAAAAGCCUCGACAGCGGUCUCGAUGUUCUCCGAUCUCGCAGCGUCUGUACCUCCUGGCGUUUCUCUAUCCCUCCCUCCCAAGCUCGGUCUCCUCGCUUCCCUCUCAAAUUCCCUGAACCCCGCAGCGCGCUUGAGUCAGCGCCAAGGUCACGAUCGCCAGUUUAUCUCUGCGAAAGCACUCUCUAUCUUGUUCAACCGGUAAAUCAUUUUCCAACUUCAUCUUCUUCUUCUUGCAAUAAGAUUAAGGGCUGGUUGAUCAAGGUCCAAGAGUCAAAUUCAGGCAAAUUGCAUCUUUUAGAUCCACUCCCCAACCACAGAUACAGGUGCUCCCCUGUUACCCUAAAUACUUUGAACUUGUUGAACUUCCGGGUCGUGGAAUUAAGAAAGGCGUAUGUGCUUAGACUUAAUGUUGCCACUCCACCAAGAUCAGAAACUGAAAGAAGUUAUGCCCCCAGUUACCGUUGUAACCGCUCUAUUCAUGGGGUGAGCAAAGUAGUGAUGUUUCCGAUUUCAGCUUGGACUGAUGCUGACGAGUAUGCUGUUUUCGUGAUUUUUAAUGAGGGGAAAUUGGCUUUCGGGAAAUGUGGGGAUGAGAAGUGGACCCUUGUAGGUGAUCGGAGCUUUGAAUAUGAUGAUAUUAUUGUUUACAAGGGCCAGUUCUAUGUUGUUGAUAGAUGGGGAACUGUUUUUUGGAUCGAAUGUUCAUCCUUAAAGUUGGUACCGUUUUCCCCUCCGCUGUGUGGUUUGGGUAAUCAGAAGCAUCUGAUGGAGUCGCGUGGAGCCCUUUAUGUUGUUGAUCGAUACCUUGACAGGGAACGAAGGAGGAUGGGGAACAAUAUUAGGCGCCGAGAUUUUCCCAAAACAGUUGAUUUCAAAGUGUAUAAGCUGGAUGAAGAGGGGGGUAAAUGGGAUUUGUUGAAAAGCUUGGGUGAUCGAGCAUUUGUUUUGGGUACUGAUUGUUGUUUCUCUGUUUCGGCUCAAGAAUUUGUGGGAUGUAAAGGGAAUUGCAUUUACUUCGUUGAUCCACGUGAAAGUCAUGUUUUUAGUUUAGAGGAUAGUAGUAUUGCCGAUUUAGUUUCCAUGGAUAAUGCUUAUCCAUUCUGCGAAGCCCCAACUUGGCUUAGCUCUGCUAAUGCAUGAAUGUAAGUAUGAAAACCCAAAGGAUAGCGCUUCGUUGUGUUUUCACUGGGAAUUUACCCUCUCUCUCCCGUUGUGCUAUGUAAAAUCUAAAAGAGGGAGGAGAGAGACGAGAGGGCGGCAGCACAUAGAGACUACAUCUUGUAUAUUGAUUAUAUUGUGUUGAAAUAUUAUGAAGGCCUCUAUUUACUUUUACUGUUA